UUCUCACGUUAGCUCUUCGAAGAGAGACGACGCCUGUGCAUCACAAAGAUCGCGCACUCGCAUUUCCGGAGAGAGAAACAAAAAACCCAAUUAAUUUUUGAAAUGAUGAUGAUGAUUGAAUCAGCUAUGGCCGUCCGAUUUCCCGCCGCCACAAAUUUCUGCUCCUCAUCCACCUUACACCAUUAUCGUCCUACGUGCAGCUCCGAUGAGGUUACUAGUUGCCACGUCACCUCUCGCCGGCUGUUUCGCCGUGGCAUCUUCGACGUAACGUGGAAUAGAUUUCAAAGACUAAAUAGUGCUUUCCUUUCGAGAAGGACUCUCAUAAAGAAUAACAUUCGAGCGACAACAGAGCAUUUAGGUUCACCAUCCGAUCCGACCAAGCAGAAUGGAAGGCCACAUUACCAUCCAUUUGAGGAGAUUGGUGAGUCGACAUCUAAAAAUAGAGAUGAUGCUACACUCACAGCUGCAGAAACCUCUAGGACCAUCAUCGAGGUGAAUAGUAAAGCAACACUUAUGUUUACGGCAAUGAUUCAUGGUGAAGUUCAUGAAAAUAUUAUGUGGCCAGACUUGCCUUAUGUAGCCGACGAACAUGGAAAUAUAUACUUUCAAGUGAAAAGUGAUGAAGAUAUUUUGCAAGGUCUUACUGUGGAAAAUAACUUUGUGCAAGUCAUAAUAGGCUUUGAUACUACGGAAAUCAUGAAGGAAAUCAAGUUAUCAGGUCCAUCAGAAGUUGAUUUUGGAAUUGAGGAAAUUGAGGAUGAAGAUAGUGAUAUCGAAGAUAUUGAUGAAGAUGAGGAUGAGGAUGACGAUGUUGAAGAAGAUUAUGAUGAGGAUUGGGUUGCUGCUCUUGAAGAUGAAGAUGAUCAAGAUGACUCUGAUGGGACACUUGGAGACUGGGCAAAAUUGGAGACUAUGCGUUCGUCCCAUCCAAUGUACUUUGCCCAAAAGUUGACUGAGGUUGCUUCAGAUGAUCCUGUAGACUGGAUGGAGCAACCUUCGGAUGGUUUAGCUAUCCAAGGCCUUCUAAGGCCUGCCUUCAUUGAAGAACAUUCUGAAAUUCAGAAGCAUAUGUCUGCCAAUCAGUCUCGUAGUUCUGAUACAAAUCAGGUUGAGAAAGUUGUGGGAGACAAAAUAGAAGAACUUAGUAUAAUUAAUGGUCACAGAAAUGAAUUAGGGUCAUCGGGAGAUAGUUCAACAUCAGAAGAAUCAGAGAAAAAUGAAAUCUCAAUAAAUGGGUCUUCGUUUUAUAAAUUAGAGAUGAUUAAAAUUCAGCUAAUUACAGCACAUGGACAUCAGACAGAUGUUGAAUUAGAAGACUUCAAGCAAGCUCAACCUGAUGCUAUUGCACACACAGCUGCCAAAAUUAUAUCUCGCCUAAAAGCUGCUGGAGAGAAGACCAUACAAGCACUCAAAUUACUCUGUUGGAGAAGCAAGGGUAUUCAAGUCGAGGAGGUAGCUAUAAUCAGUGUGGAUUCCCUUGGAUUUAUCGUGAGAGUUUGCUCUGGAACCCAAAUUGAAACCUUAAGAUUUGCAUUUAACACCCGGGCCACUUCAGAGUAUAGUGCUGAGAGACAACUUAACGAUUUGUUGUUCCCGAGGAGCCAUCAAAAGCCACAUAAAAAGAAAACAGGCUCCUCAAAAUGAAUGCUAAAAGUUGUCAAAUAGAGGAUGUCCAGCUUAGUUCUGGACGGU